CCCAUAGACGUUCAUGUGGGUUGCUUGCUGGAGUUGAUUUGGGCACCUCGGCCUGAGAGCAGCUCACAGAUCUGCUACUGUCCAUAGAAAGGCGAUGAGCCUCAAUGCUGCAGGGACCACGACUGCCCUGUCUUCAUCUGCCUCUUCAUCGUCUGGGAAAGGAGCUGGAAAGUUAACCAGUUUUGUCCCUGAGCUCCAGAGCAUGAUGUUUUCACUCGGGGACGCUCGGCGUCCUUUGUACGAGACGGCCGUUCUGGUAGAAGACAUUGUGCAUACUCAGCUCAUCAACCUGUUGCAGCAAGCUGCGGAAGUGUCUCAGAUGAGAGGGGCACGGGUGGUGUCCCCUGAAGACCUCCUCUUCCUGAUGCGCAAAGAUAAGAAAAAGCUGAAGCGGUUGCUGAAAUACAUGGUGUUCCGGGACUACAAAUCCAAAGUACUAAAAGUAGUAGAGGAAGAAGAUAUUGAAGAGAAGCUGGCAGCCAACAAUAAUGCCAAUAAACGUCAGAAGCUAGCUCAAGAUUUCCUGAACUCCAUUGACCAGACCGGGGAGCUGCUGGCCCUGAUGGAGGAAGAUGAAAUUGAUGAAGUUAAGCAAGAACGUAUGGAGAGAGCGGAAAAACAAACCCGAACGAUGGAUUCAGCGCAGUAUGCAGAAUUCUGUGAAAGUCGUCAGCUGAGCUUUUCUAAAAAAGCCUCAAAGUUUCGGGAUUGGCUGGACUGCAGCAGCAUGGAGAUCAAACCCAAUGCAGGUGCCAUGGAGAUCCUUACCUACCUGGCUUAUGAAACUGUAGCUCAGUUGGUGGACCUGGCUCUGCUGGUGAAGCAGGAUAUGUCUCCGAAGGCCUGCGAUCCGUUCUCCCAUGCUAUGUCCGCUGCCUACUUGCAGAACCGCAAUCCUUCAGAGCCUCUUUUCCAGGCACAGCCAAUGAAAAGUAAUCCAGAGACUCCAGAGAACACUCCUCCUGCCACACCAACUCCACCAUCAUCUGGAACGCCGCAUAUGGGGAAGAACCAGCCUGGUCCCCUGGGUAAUGGGGCGCAAACUCCGGAUUCUGCCAAGGCCAAGCAGAGGAAGAGAAAAAAGAGCGCGGCAGCCGGUGGGACGGAGUCGAACAGCGAUGCCAUCCAGCCCAGCCACAUCAGAGAAACCAUACGGCGCUACGGCCACAAGCUUGGCCCUCUUUCUCCGUUCACGGUGCGUAAUAACAGAGUCGAAAAAAGUUCUAUUU